AUGACCUCGAAGCGUGUUACCAAAGGUACCGUGACCAGCGCCGAGAAGAAGCACCGCAAGAGCUUAAGCCUGGCCGUGAAACUAGACGUGCUCAAGUGUCUGGACUCCGGUGAGCGUCAGAUCGACGUGUGCAAAGCCUUCGGUCUGGCGGGGUCAACCGUGAGGACGAUUAUCAGGAAUGCGGCUAAAAUCCGGGAGUUCGGGAAGACCACCACCCCUCUCACCGCGGCUAAACUGAGCAGAGCCCGGCCUCCGAUAAUGGUCGACAUGGAGCGAUUGCUUAGCAUUUGGAUCGAAGAGCAGACCAGGCGGCGGAUACCGCUGAGUUUCUUGAGCAUUCAAGCCAAGGCGCGGAGUCUGCACGAACGCCUGCAGAGGGAUCUGCCCAAAGGGUCCACGGUGGAUGAGUUCAAGGCCAGCCAGGGUUGGUUCGACCGGUUCAAUCGUCGGGCCCAGCUGCAUAACGUCGCCGGGGGCGGCGAGGGGGCCGAUCUCAACGCCGAAGGCGCCGCCGCCUUCAAACGAACCUUGGCCAGACUGAUAGCGGAGGAGGGCUACGGCCCGCGGCAGGUGUUCAACGUAGACGAGACGGGCCUCUACUGGAAGAGGAUGCCCCGGAGGACGUACAUCUCCGUGAAAGAAAAGAUGACUCCAGGCUUCAAGGUGUCGAAGGACCGCUUGACGCUCUUGGUCGGAGGCAACGCGGCUGGCGACUUCAAGCUGAAGCCGCUCGUCGUUUACCAUUCCGAGAACCCGGUGGCUCUCCGAGGGUUUUCCAAAAGUUUCUUACCCGUGCUCUGGAAAGCCAGUAGGAAAGCACGGAUCACGCGAGUGGUCUUUGAAAACUGGUUUACGUCUUACUUUUGCCCAGCUGUGAAGAUGUACUGUGCCAAAAAUAACCUUGCCCACAAGGCUCUGCUGCUCCUCGAUAGUAGCCCAGGGCGUCCGACCACCCUCGACGACCUCAGCCAGGAUGUCAAAGUCGUCUUCCUCCCUCCAGACGCCGCCUCCGUUCUGCAACCCAUGGACCAGGGGGUCAUUGCAGAUUUCAAGGCCCGUUACACCCACCAAACCUUUGAGCAGGCGGUCAGAGCAGCUGACGGGGAGAAGGCGCUUUCCCUCACUGAAUUUUGGAAGGACUACAACAUCAGACAUGCCGUCGAAAACAUCGCAAGUUCCUGGGAGGAAAUCACCUCCCGAGCCAUGAACGGAGCGUGGCAAAGGUUGUGGAGCGAUUGCGUGCCAGAGUUCGAAGGCUGUGACCGGACUCCGCAGGCCGUCCGAGAGAACAUCCUCGCCUUGGGAAAGAGACUCGGCAUGGGGGACUUAGAGCCUUCCGACAUUGACGAAUUGAUUGAGUCUCACCAGGAAGAACUGUCGGAUGAGGAUCUGCUGAGCAUGGAUCAACAGAGAGCUCUGGAGGAAGGCCGGCCCAAUCACGGCGACGAAGAAGCCCCAGCCAGGACUUUAACCAUGGCACACCUUGGGCGGGCGUUUGAGCUUUUGGAGGAAGCGUGUUCCAUUUUUUCCGAAAACGAUCCCAACGUGGACCGGAGCGCCGCGGUCAUCAGAGCUUUGCAUAGCGCGGCCAACUGCUACAAAGAGCUGCAGGCGGAAAAGAAAAAGGCUAAGAGGCCAGGGAAGUUUGAUUCGCUGCCGCUCCGAGCUCCGGGAAGCCGACUGCUGGCGACCACAUUUGCAACAAUACCUUCAACUUCUGGAGCUGCCGUCCGCCCCGCUUCACGCGACGAGGGAAGCUUUGAUUGCAUGACCAUCAAGGCCGAAGACCCAAAUAAAGAUAGCGACGACGGUGGUGAACAGCUAACCGUCGUCCUGACAAUUGCUCCGAUGUUAGGAGGGAAUGGAAGAGAGGGAAACUAA